AUGAGUAGCUCAAGCGAACGCAUGUCUGACAACGGUGAGGACUGGAAGGUCGGCACCAUCACGGAGGAGGCCUCAGAGAUCGACAAUAUGCUCCCGAGGAACACGGCGACUUGCGGCACCAAGCUUGUCAUGACCGUCAAGGGUGCCGUCACCACUAUUUUCUGGUCGGUCAUGAGAGUCACCCUUCGGUCAAGCAUCGAGGAGCCGGCCAUAUUUUUUUCCAUAGACGUCGUGGGAGAGGGCGGAUUACUCAAGCAACACUCGAUACCAGAUAACUGGGACCAUGCAAGGUUUCGGUUGGAGAUGUUCUUGAGCCCGCCCAACCACGCAGUGGCGACUAUGAGUAUUACAGGCCGGCAAAGGCUGACGUCUGUCAUCUGGCAGCAUGGGGACCCUGGCAAGGUCGGGCGCGAACGUCACUGGGUGUGCAACUACUGUGUCGACGAGCGCCGUCGCUACAAUAGCAACAGCGGCUCCAACUUCGUUGGGCGGUGGGGAAGCUCGGUGACCGUGGCGAAAGAAGAUGCGGAAAACUGGAAAGAGUCAAUUUUACAUCUGGGAACGUUCAAGCAAGGCGGAGAGAUAAUGCCGUACUAUAGCCAAUGGGAACUUGAAACCAAGGAGCAGAAAUAA